GUGGAUCGUUCAUCCGGACUAGCUUGAUAGGAGUGAUUGAGGUGGAGGCAGUCAGCCUGCGACAGAAAAACAAACGAGGAUAGGUCGAGCAGUGCACAGUCAGUCCAUGUCUUAAAAGAGAAAUAAAUAGUGAAACCCAAGGAUAUGUGGAUUUAAACCUUCCUUUUGUCGUUUUUACGCGCGCUUAUCUACUUAGUUUCUGUUUCUCGUUGUGUUGGAGUGUGUGCCCGUGUGCCCGUCCCCUCUGGAGUGAGCACUAAGGAGGACUCCAUGAAAGAUGACAGAGGAGGUGAUUGUUGUAGCCAAGUGGGACUACACGGCCCAGCAGGACCAGGAACUUGACAUCCGUAAAAAUGAGCGUCUCUACCUCCUGGACGACUCAAAGACCUGGUGGCGUGUCCGUAACGCUGGCAACCAAACGGGGUACGUGCCAUCAAACUACGUGGAGCGCAAGAACAGCCUGAAGAAAGGCUCGUUGGUGAAGAACAUCAAAGACACGCUAGGUUUGGGAAAAACUAAGAGGAAGACGAGCGCCCGUGAUGCUUCCCCAACACCCAGCUCGGACACAGAGUACCCCUCCAAUGGCAGCGGAGGCGGAGGAGGCGCCGCUGAAAGGAUCUACGACCUCAACAUCCCAGCCGUAGUCAAGUUUGCUUACACAGCAGAGAGAGAUGACGAGCUGAGCCUUGUCAAAGGCACCCGGGUCAUCGUGAUGGAGAAGUGCAGUGACGGCUGGUGGCGGGGCGGUCAGACAGGCCGCGUGGGCUGGUUUCCCUCCAACUAUGUGCUGGAGGAGCUCGGUGGGGCCGAUGACAGAGAGGAAGGAGAUUCCCCCGGGGGCUACCAGGGAGGCUCUCAAGGGACUUUGAUGGCCAACGGGCGUGCGGGUGGCCGCGCAGCAGUGCUCCACUUGGUUCAAACACUCUACCCCUUCAGCUCUGUGACAGAGGAGGAGCUGAACUUUGAGAAGGGAGAGGUCAUGGAGGUGGUGGAGAAACCAGAGAACGACCCAGAGUGGUGGAGGUGUAAGAACUCACGCGGCAUGGUGGGCCUGGUGCCUAAAAACUAUGUGGUGGUGCUGGACGAGCUGCCCGGCCCGCCGUCCUCUUCGCCGAGCUUCCCGCAGAACCGCUUCGUGGUUCCAGCAAGCUCAGGGAAGUUCGCUGGGAGGGACUGGUACUACGGCAACAUCACCAGACACCAGGCCGAGUGCAUACUCAACGAGAGAGGAGAGGAGGGCGACUUCCUCGUACGAGACAGCGAGUCAUCGCCCAAUGAUUUCUCUGUGUCCAUGAAGGCGGCCGGUAAGAACAAGCACUUUAAAGUGCAGCAGUCAGAGGGAGUGUACUGUAUCGGCCAGCGCAAGUUCAGCUCCAUCGAUGAACUAGUGGAGCACUACAAGAAGGCCCCCAUCUUCACCAGCGAACAGGGAGAGAAGCUGUACCUGGUCAAAGCGCUGCUGUGAUCCACACAUCCUCACACCUACACUGGAUCUCACACACACACACACACACACACACACCCAUACACACUAUACACAUUUAAUUCUAAUGCCACCCCCCUAACCGUCUUAACUCAAGCCUUAGCUCUGGACCCCUCCCUCUGUGGCGUAUGUACUUUGUAUGUACUGCCAGUGGUGAUCAGGUGAAACUCUUUCUAGCUCUACAACCGAGCCGUUCACACCAAGACGUCGAGCACCGUGUCAGGAAAUAUCCAGCUCUAUCCUCCACGUACAGCACAGUGCAUAAUAAUCUCCCGUUUCUUGGAUGUGCUAACAUGUGCAGUGACCACAUCUGCUGCUAACAGAACGCCUGAGGCCUUUUUGGGGGUUGAGCUUCCUCCUGAUGUCAUGCAUCAUGUCCGUUUACUACCACGCACAUUGUAGGUUACACCAUUGCUCUUAAUCCACAUAGGAAGACAGACCUCUGAGGGGACUUUACGUGUUAACUUGCUGGCCAUUGUUUUAUUUUGUUCAUUUAUUUUAAAAAGAAAUCCUUGUUCCUCAGUUAACUUUUCUUUUUUUUUAAGAUAAUUUAAAUAUCUCUCGUGAGGUUUGAAACACUGCUCUUUCAUUCAAUGACUUCACAAAGUGACCCGAAUCACUCUCUUGCCUUUUUCCUCUUAAUUUUCAUCAUUCCUCUACAUUAUUUUCUCCCCAUUUGAAUUUGUGUCUUCUGUCACUAUUUCAAAUUGUUUCUGUCUCCAUAAUCUUAAGUAGUGAUUGAAAAUCUGCAUACAAUACUUUCUGUAAUAUUUCUAAAAGGCAGUGGGGGGGAGCGUUAAUGCAAUAGGGGAGACCUCUGAUUUUUCUGUAGAGAUGAAUGUUUAUCAAUGUAACCAAAUGUGCCAACCUGUACCCAUACUACUGGCUCCAGGUCUGCACUGCACUCACCAUACUCGGCAUUCAUCCGUAGAUCUGUGCUCAUGCUUUAUAUUGUGUCACAUUGGACAUGUUUCUGUUCUGUUCUUCAGUAUGUGUCUGUAGCUACGUGGAGAUACUGACUGAAGAAUAAUAAAACAAAAAAGUUUUUGGUAACAUGUUUCAGUAACUACACUUAAUUUUCUCCAGCUCCUGCGAAUGAAUGCGGUUAUAAAAAAGGAACUCUUCCGGCGUAGUAUUUGUCAAAGAUAAAUAUAUCUCUUUGAAUCCCGUUAUUACGGAGAAUUUUGAGAAAUGUGUCAUUUUACACUAAAAUACACAAUUAUUUCUAUAAAAUUGAGUGAUCGACUGAGACCUUAAUAAUGAAUGAACUAAGAAGGGAUGGCCCUGAGCUUUACACUGAAACAUCACACAUUGUAUUCAUAGGUCAACAAAUAGUCUGGAAAUACUUCUUGAAACCAGUCUUCUAAACCCCUCCCCAAAACAGCAAUUGUCCAAUCAUAGCUUAGCAACUGUAAACACGACAUGGCAGGUCUGACUGCAAGACGUGGAUCGUCUAGCUGGCAGAGAAACCCUUCUUCCUCCAAGGCCAAGGAGCCCACCGUUAAUUAGCUCAGUAGUUAGCAAAUAAGAUCUGCUAGCAACAGUUGUGAUUUAAGAUAUUGAUCAUUGCUACCUUGCAUUGGCUAGAAAUGAGACGCAUGGACAGUAUGUCUGCCUCUGGCUGAAAUCAAGGACACACUGUUUUAGAAAUGACUAAGGAACAGCAACAGUGACUAAGGGGCAGGGGCUUUACAGUCAAUUUAAAAUAAGCGUCAUCUUUUACUGCAAGAAACCAAAUAUACAAAUCUGGUCUAUAAUGAAAAAAAUAUUCUAGUCUUCCCAAACAUUUUACUUGUCUAUUUCCUUUUCCUUUGUGCAUUUGUUUACCAAUGGAAGUGUUGUUGAUCAUGGGUUCCUUAGCUUUUAUACGAUAUAUCUGAAUGUUAUUGAGCAUUGUUAUUUAAUUCUUGUCUCCACUGUAUGUAUAUAUUAAAAAAAUAAGAUGAGGUGCAUAUAUGAAUUGCUGAGAUCAAACUAUGGUACUGUAUCACUGACAACGUGAUGAGAAUUUAAAUACUCUUGUUCAAUAAAUUUUUUUGAAAGAAUA